AUACGCUCUAGGAUCACCGUGUGCAAACGCCUGAAACUCAAAUGCGACCGACGAACACCAUGUAGUUCUUGUAUAAAGCGCGAUACCGUACAACGGUGCGUCUACUCUCAAGCGGCUGCAGAAAAGAUCGACGUCCAGUCACUACACAACCGCGUCCUCCAGCUCGAGAGCGUCAUCGCAAAAAUA